AUGAGAGAACUGAACUUCUCUAUACCCAGCUGUAACAAGGCAGCGGUCAAUAUCACUACAACUCUUUAUGACCGCCGGGCGCUGGACUGCACGUCGACGCUGCCUCUGAUCAACUCCCUCAACCAUCUAGCCUACUUGACUACGUCCUCCGCUCGGAUCCGCGAUAUUCUCACCGUCGAUGGAGGCAUUGAAAGACUGGUUUGCAUCCUCAAAGAGGGUCGGACUAACAACCUGAUGGAGAUGUGGAAGUGGAGCCUCGCCUUCCAAUGUGUUGUCAAUAUUGGAGUACGAGGCUCGGAAAAUGUCAGGACUAGAGUCGUCGAGGCGGACAUGGUGCCUGUGAUUGCAACCAUCCUAGACAACUACAUCAAGGUCAUGGACAAAGUGCGCGCUCGAUCAGAUUCUGAAGCCCAACGACACAGAUUCCACCAUCAUCACAAGAUCACCCCGACGACAAGCGAUGGAACGAGUCGUUCAUCAUUCUCAGAUGCUUCGAGUAACGAGCAACGCACCUCUCGCCGUCAACCACCUCCCACCCACAUAGAAAUUCCUCCCUUCUUCCAUGACACUCGUGCAUUGGACACGAAUGCCAUGGACAUUGCUACUCCGCCCCGUGCACCAAUGACAUCGCCACCUGAGAGAAGCACUUUUGGCCAGGAUGCGCACGCUCAUAGGUCUCACGCAAACCCCCGCCAUAGAGCAAUCCAGCCGUUGGCAACGGCCAUUCCUUCGAUGGAUGCUGCUGAUGGUUUUGGACUACGCCCCGUGAGGGAUACCGAGAGGCUUCCCAGCAUGCUCCCCGCCGCCUUUAAUGGACUUGCAUCUCAGCCCGACUCUCCCACUACACCGAACGGCGCUGGUCACAUCCGCAACCAUGCACCAACCUCUCUCGAAGCACACUUGCGUCCGGCCUUGAGCCAACAUCAGUCAGCCUCAGGGGACUCAGAUGAUGCCAAUGGUGAAGAUGCUAUAAUGGGCGAUGAUUCAGGCUCGGGAGAUGCUGCCGAGCCUAUUAUUGGCCUACAAGGCGGCAUGGACAUUGAUGAUGUUACCGAUGGACAAACCAUGAUCGAUAGCGUUACCGACUCAACCCAUGAUCUGACAGUAACUGACACUGUAACUGACACCACCUCAGAAGGUCAAGAGGCAGAAACGUUCAACAUCACUCACCGUUCCGCUGUCGAUGGCAGCAUAAUCACCAAUGACAACGCACAAGCUGUGAACAACACCAACUCGCCGCCUAUCGUGCCCAGUCCCUAUUCUAUCUACUUCCGUGAUCGGGCAACCAACACCGCCACGCAGAACUUCCUGAAUACGAUGCCGCGUGAAGAGGACGUCUUGAUGUCGCUUCAGCUUUUGGCUUACGUUUCCAAAUACUGCAAUCUCCGCUCAUACUUCCAAAACUCGCAUUUCGUGCCAAGGCUCAAGAUUGACCGAGAGCUUCAAAUGCUGGAAGAAGGAACCUCCCCUAUCGAACCUUUCGAGGAAGAAGACGAGUAUCUGCUUCCCGACGAUGUUAACAUCUUCCCCUUGGUGGAGAAGUUUACCGCUCGCCAUCAUUCUAAGGACAUGUCGUACUGGGCGUGCGUCGUGAUGCGGAACCUUUGUCGCAAGGACGAAUCUCGAGGUGGCAUUCGUCAGUGCGCGAAUUACAAAUGCGGCAAGUGGGAAGAAUUCACACGUCAAUUCGCCAAAUGCCGCCGCUGCCGUCGCACCAAAUACUGCAGCAAGGACUGUCAGAAAGCAGCGUGGCUCUACCACCGACACUGGUGCGCCACGCCAUAA